UCCGGCCCUACCCCGGAAGUCGCGCCGUGGAGCCAAAUUUGAAGGGAGCUGAGACGCGGUGCCGGGGUGCCCGGCGACCAUGCCCAUCCGUGCGCUCUGCACCAUCUGCUCCGACUUCUUCGACCACUCGCGCGACGUGGCCGCCAUCCACUGCGGCCACACCUUCCACCUGCAGUGCCUGAUCCAGUGGUUCGAUACAGCACCAAGUCGGACCUGCCCGCAGUGCCGAAUCCAGGUUGGCCGGAGGUCCAUCAUCAACAAGCUCUUCUUUGACCUUGCCCAGGAGGAGGAGGGUGUCUUAGAUGCAGAAUUCUUAAAGAAUGAGCUGGAUAACGUCAGAGCCCAGCUUUCCCAGAAAGAGCGGGAGAAGCGGGACAGCCAGGGCAUCAUCGACACCCUGCGGGACGCGCUGGAGGAGCGCAACACCGCCGUGGCGUCUCUGCAGCGGGCCCUGGACGAGGCCGACAUGCUGUGUGCCACCCUCAAGAAGCAGAUGAAGUUCUUGGAGCAGCAGCAGGACGAGACCAAGCAAGCCCGGGAGGAGGCCCGCCGGCUGCGGAGCAAGAUGCAGACCAUGGAGCGGAUUGAGCUCCUACUCAAGAGCCAGCGGCCUGAGGUGGAGGAGAUGAUCCGGGACAUGGGCGCAGGCCAGGCAGCGGUGGAGCAGCUGGCCGUGUACUGCGUGUCGCUCAAGAAGGAGUAUGAAAAUCUGAAGGAGGCUCGGAAGGCCUCCGGGGAGCUGGCUGACAAGCUCAAGAAGGACCUGUUUUCCUCCAAAAGCAAGUUGCAGGUGGUCUACGCUGAGCUGGACCAGGCCAAGCUGGAACUGAGGUCGGCCCAGAAGGAUCUGCAGGGCGCCGACAAGGAGAUCGCGAGCCUGAGGAAGAAGCUGAAGAUGCUGCAGGAGACCCUGAGCCUGCCGCCGGGGGACAGCGAGGCCGUGAACCGGCUGGUGCUGGAGAGCCCGGCCCCCGUGGAGAUGCUGAGCCUGAAGCUUCGCCGGCCAGCCUUCAGCGACGACAUCGACCUCAACGCCACCUUUGACGUGGACACCCCGCCGGCCCGGCCCCCUGGCCUUCAGCGCGGCCCCGCCAAGAAGCUCUGCCUGGAGAAGGCACGCGCUCCCACUCAGGACGGGCCCGGGAAGCUGCCCAAAGGCUCCACGCAGGAGCCGCAGCUCUCGCUGGGCGGCCAGCGCUGUGCGGGCGAGCCGGACGAGGAGCUGGCUGGUGCCUUCCCGCUCUUCAUCCGGAACGCCGUCCUGGGCCCCAGGCAGCCCAAGAGGGCCCAGCCGGAGCCCCGCCGCAGCACAGACACAGUCAGAACCGGCUUCGACGGCCUCGGGGGCCGGACCAAGUUCAUCCAGCCUACCGACACGACUCUGAUCCGGCCCCUGCCGGUGAAGCCCAAGGCCAAGGCCAAGGCCAAGCAGAAGGUGGGGGCCAGGACGGCGCUCCCUCCCUCCCAGGCCCUCCUGUGGUGGGCCAACAACGCCAACUGCAGCUGAGGACUGGCUCCGCAGGGGGUUGGGGACGUGGUCCUCUCCCAGACCACGACAAGAAGCUGGGGCCGGGGUGAAGCCAGAGGAUGUGCCUUCCCAGCUCACAGCCGGCCCCUCCCCCAUUCUGGGCCUCGGGGCCGGGGCAGCUGUGGUCAGCUCACCGCUCCUGCCAGGGGCUUGCUCCGUGUUGCGGGCCCCCAGGUAUGGCCAUGACCAGCUGCUGGGCUGCUGCUGAGCCUCCAGACCAGGCCGUGGCUGACCGUAUGGACCAAGUGCCGGAGGCCGCGCAGGCUGCUUCGCCGGCCACGCUGCUGCCCGCCUGGCUCCUGCGGGCAUGGCCGGCCCAGCAGCGUGUGGGGAGCGACAGGUGGGGGGCAGAGGACGGGCAGGAUUUCUGUGUGGAGAAUAAAAAAGUAUUUUCUUCCUGUGUCUGGGCUUUUGUACUUUGGGAAACUUUUUUUAAAAAUAUGAGGAAAGGAGAGGGAGAGAAACAU